UGCGUGCAGGUAAAAAGGAACAAGCGACACAAAACAGAAAACAUUUAUCUUGGCAAACAGCGAGGAGUGCGAUGGAAACGGACUCUCCGGUGAAACAUUUUCAUGCGGCGGAACCCCAAAAGUGAGGCAUUUAAGUCCGUGUAAAAAAGCGCAACACCUUCUUGGAAGAAAGUGCCGUUGUGUCAACCAUCGCUUGGCUCGCGGGCACGCUUUGUACAGCAAGCAACUUGGACAGCUGCGUGUUUUCAAGCAAGCCAUCAACAAAGAAUGAAAGCAUUCAAACGAGCUCUGGAAGAAGAGCAUCGCCCGGAGCACGAGCACUCCUCGGCUGUGUCGGACAGCGAUGACGGCUCCCCGCUCGACCUGUCAGGAAGGGGGCUCUUUGGGAAGCGCCGUCGCCGCGGCAACCUGCCCAAGGAGGCGGUACAGAUCCUGCGGAGCUGGCUGUACGAGCACCGCUUCAACGCCUACCCAUCUGAGCAGGAGAAACUCAGUCUAUCAGGCCAGACCAACCUCUCCGUGCUGCAGAUAUGUAACUGGUUCAUUAACGCACGUCGCCGCCUCCUUCCUGACCUGCUUCGCAAGGAUGGAAAAGAUCCCACCAAGUUCACCAUCUCCCGCAAGGUCGGCAGUAAAAGUGAAGGCCACUCGUCAAAUGGAGGUGGAGCCAGCUCGCCAGAGAGCAACUCUUCCACCAGCUUAACUCAGCAACGCCCGUCUGUCAUCCGCUCCACCCCUACACUGGACCUCAGUCUUCUUGGGAGCACAGCGACGGCUAUUCUGACAGGAGCAGGCUACCCUGGCAAGGAGGGUUCAGUGCAGGCGCUGAUGAAGCUGGACACGCAAAGUCUUCUGAGGGAAGCAGAGGAACACGGGGCUAAUUCGGUUUGUCUCACCAGCACAACAAUGGCAGCUAGCCCCACCAGUGGCCUCUUCAACACGCCUCCUCCGACUCCUCCCGAGCUGUUCCCCAGCCAGGACUUCAGCGACUUGAGGCUCCUGGUGGAUGCAGCUCUGCAGAGGGCAGCAGAGCAGGAGAACCUGAAGAGGCUCCAGGAGAGCCAGAACAGACCUACAGAAGCUGUAAUGACUGAACAGAAGGAGGCUCAGUGCAGUGCUUACAGCAGUGACAUGGGACCCACGCCACCUCCAGAGGACAGCCAACAAGUCAUGGAUCCUUCCAGGGUGCAGAGCCUGAUGGAGAAGGCCAUGGCUGUUCCAGUGUCAGCUGUGACUUCAGUAAAGGCUCCAGUGCCUAUCUCUUUAGCAGCCUCUGUACCGGACCCAGCUCCAGUCUUGGUCUCAGCCCCGAGUUUAUCUCCUCUGCCAAUGAAGAAAGUCAUCUGGAGCCCCUUGGAGAAGGACACUGCCAGAGCCUCCAGCCCACACCAGCCUCCGCUCACCCCUGCCCAUCUGCCAACCAUAGUGCCAGUGUCUGCCUCAGUUUUAGGUCAGCCGAAUACUCAGAAACCAGCUGCUGCUCCGGCUACCGCCCCGGCUUCAUCCUCAGCUCCAGCCUCGAGCUCAGAGGCUGCUACAAGGCCAGUCUCGGUGCCAUCACCAGUCUUUCUCCCGGCCGCAAGUCCCACCUCUGUCACUGCUCCAAGCCAGGCUUCAUCCCACACUGUAGCGCUUGUUCCAGCUGCUCGUCCUCAAGCCAUUCCCUCUUUUGCAGACCCCAGAGGAGUCCCACUUUACCUGCCGUUCCACAAGUCUCCCAUAAUCCCAGUCACAGUUCCAUGUCCACCUCCUGUCUCUACCACAGGGUCAUCACCAGCCCAGGUUCCAGCCCUUGCUUCUGUCCAAACUCCUCUCCCUGUUUCAGCUCCAACACACUCCUCUACGCCAACAAUAUCACCUCUUCUGGGCCUGGCUUCCCACCUCACUGCUCCACCUCAGCCUUCUUCCUCCUCCUCCUCCUCCUCCUCCUCCUCCUCUAGCACCAGCGACAGUAGCAGUAUAAGUGCACAGAGGAAUUCAGCAGCAGCAGUGGUGCCCAGUGUUUGGAGCAUGGUCCAUACCGAUACCAGGCAACCCAGUUCUCUUCAAGUGGUAAAGACCCCCAUCACCACAGUGUGGGGCCCCCAGCACAGCCUGCACACAGUGAGUGAAACUGUUAACUAAGAGCUGGAUAUUGGCACCUUUUUAAAAAGUAUAUAUAUAUAUAUGGAGAGUAGAGAGGCCAAACAUUCCUGUUGGCUGGAAAACACUGUAUAUAGGAGAAUGUAUCUUCAUCACCGGUCCCUUUUUCGUCUUAACACCUGUGCCUGCAGAAUACAGGGAAUGAGAUCAGACGUAUGAAUUGGGACAAAGUGAAGCAACAAACAUGCGGUGUUAGAGAGACUUGUGCUGUUUCAAGCAACUUUUUAUUGUUCUUGAUGGAGGCGCCUGCUGGUAAGAACAUAUUGAUGUCAUUUUUUUUCUCAAAAGGAACAUUCCUGACAGUGCAGAGUGAAAUGUAUAAAGUUUUUGAUGCCAUUUUUCAAAUCUCUUUCCACAUUACAGUUUAUGGAUGAGGAAGAAAUAUCCCUUAAUUGUACAAAAAUGUCCGUUGGUGUCAUUUUCAGGACCAGCAGUUAGCCUCUUCAGUAGCAGUACUGGACUUUAUUGAAUGUACAAAAGACAUUGAUAUCAUUGGCUGCCUAUCAUCCAUUCCCCUCCAGGAUAAAAAGGAGGAUUUCUUUUCCCUACACACAGCAGCAACAUCACAAUUUUUUUUAUAGCAACUCAGAUUUUCUUUUUUAAGAUUUUAGGUUAUUUUUUAUUCCACUACAUUUCCCCUCAUUUUCCUUGGUGAUGUGCAGAAGGGAAAUUGAUUGUACUGCGGCGAGCCUGACUGAGUGACUCGCCACAAUGUGUCUGUCUCCACCCCUCUCUCUUCCUGUCUUCCUGUCUUUUUAUAGCUAAGGGAAUUCAUUGGCCUCCAUGAUUUGUCAUCUCGACCACUCAACACAUGCUCUCAAGUACCACAUGUUUCAUUUUCAUAAAAACAAGCUGUAUUUUCGGGGUUUUUUUUGGUGGGAGGUUAGGUGAAGGACUCAUGUCCGUGACUUAAUGUGACCUUCAUCAGUUGAAUAUGAUUUCAGGGAUUGUUGUGAGGGGGGAGGGCUGUGGAUGUAGGAUGAAGGGGAAAGGGUCACAUUGGAUCUGUUACAGAAAUCAAUUUGAGUGGAGAGGUGAGCAGCUUGGUGAUCUGAUGACAUCAAGCUCUUGCAGCUCCUGGACUGAAACGUUACACUUGCUGCAAGACCUGGCGCCUUUUAUCUUUUGUGGUGCAAAACACUUUAAACAAUGGAGCCUCAUAUUUGGGGGAUGGCUAAAUUUCCCUGUCAAUUUGGAGCAUUAUGAUUUGGUCAAUGUAUUUCAAAUCUGAAUGUCUUAAAUGUGGGAGAGAUGAAUUGAUGUGUAUCGUGUCUAGGCAAAGCAAUUGUAGCAGAUGUACUGACAUAGCUGAAAUUGCUCGGGGAUUUUCUUCCCUAGCGUGAAAAUCACAUUUUUCCUCAUCAGUGCUUUCCACCCGUGUUUUAGAAAUGGUUUGUAGAGAAUUUCUAUUCAUUCACAAAGCUGUAGUUUCCAUGAAACUGUUGUAGCAUAAACCACAAUAUAUGGCUGAAUGCCAUCUGGGCAUCUAUUAACUGUAGCAUCAUGUGGAGAAGUUCCUACUGUAGCAGGACUGUGCAUCAAACCUUCAGUACUGUCAUAUUUUCUGGUGUCACUGAGCUGUGUUCGGUUUUAACGGUUACAUUUUCUAUGUGCAAGGAGUCGAGAAGACAGGAGAAAGUCUGAUGUCAGGUCAGAGUGCAGUUGAGCUCUGACCCCAGAAAAGCUUUUUUGUUCACUGCAUUUCUCAACUCUCCUCUUGUAUUUCCACUUUUUUGUUCCUCCUCACUGCCAGUAAUGCUCUGUGGAUGUCGUGGGAAAGUUUGAGGAUUUUUUUUUUUUUUUUUUUUGUUACAGGUACUCACUAGACUGAUGUGCAUUAUACCUCAAUUUACACAGGUCAUGUCAGGCUUGGGUCAUGUGUAGAAUACUAAGUAUUAAAGUAAUAUUUUUAUUGUUCAUACUACAUCAUGCCACUGUGACAACACCUUUAACGGUUGAGAUACUGGAAAUGGCUGGCUAAAGAUUAGGCAGGCAUGUUUUUAUAUAGGUUAAGGUUUAUAUGUGAUUUUAGAUGCUCCAAUCAGAUCAGACAAUGUGAUGAUGCAUGUAAAUAUUUUCAAGGUCAUGUUUUGGGUUGUUUUUUUGUAUUGGCAUGAACUUUUAUCUCAAACUAUGUAGUUCCUUUACAGCCAAAUGCAUUCAAAAAUGUAUUUCAAGCUCAAGUUAUGAAUCAUGACUGACCUUUGGCAGUAAGACUGGCUGCUGUGCCUUAAACCUACGACUGAGGGACAAUGUCCCUUUUUUAUAUAAAAACUUCUCAAUAGUCUGUGCAAUAUAUGCCUUAAA